AUUAAAAGCUAAUAUAUUAAAGAAAAAUUGUUUUAUAUUUUUGCCAAUAAAACAUAAUUUUGCGGAAAAAAUAGGAUAGAGUACCUAUGUUUUUCGAGGUUAUAAUAUAAAAUUAUAAUAGUAGUUUUGUGAAAAAAAUCAAUACAAUUAAAACUACAUCAUAUUUCUGGAUUGUUCCGACUAAAAUUACUGUAAGUCCGUGACCAACCAUUUUGUUGCCACCAUAAAUUUGGCCACCGGCGUGCCAUGUAAGAAUGUCCCGUAAGAGAUCCCGAUUAGGCGAGGAAAAUAUGAUUUCGCAAGCUGGUGAUAUGGAAAGUACAGACGUUCGUAAUGGAAGCGACCAUAGUUUCUCAAGCGCUAAUAAUCAACUGGAUAGUCCACAGUCGUUGCGACUUGCAGCGCCGUUCAGCACGGACCCGAUGGCGGUGGCGGAGCGCGAACGGUGCGCGUACGGGCGCAUCCCGCGCGCUGCCGCUCUCGCUGGUACCGCGCCACGCCGCGUGCGCGUCUACUCCGACGGCAUCUAUGACAUGUUCCACCAGGGACACGCAAGACAGCUCCAACAGGCCAAAAGCGUCUUCCCCAAUGUAUAUCUCAUAGUCGGAGUAUGUAACGACAAACUGACACACAACCGCAAGGGACGCACCGUGAUGACGGAGGACGAGAGGUACGAGGCGGUUCGGCAUUGCAGAUACGUUGAUGAGGUGGUUCGUGACGCGCCGUGGGAGUACGACGAGGAAUUCCUAGAGAAGCACAAGAUCGAUUUUGUAGCGCAUGACGAUAUCCCAUACACGACCGAGGACUGCGAAGACACGUACGCCAUGAUCAAAGCUAAAGACAUGUUUGUCGCCACCGAAAGGACGGAAGGUGUAUCCACGUCGGACAUUGUGGCGAGGAUCGUGCGCGACUACGACAUAUACGUGCGACGCAACCUGGCGCGCGGAUACUCCGCUAAGGAGCUCAACGUCUCCUUCCUCAACGAGAAGAAGUUCCGUCUCCAGAACAAGAUGGACGAACUCAAAGAUAAAGGCAAAAAGGUGAUGACAAACAUCGGGGAGAAGCGCGUGGACAUCCUGACGAAGUGGGAGGAGAAGUCUCGCGAGCUGAUCGACGCGUUCCUGCUGCUGUUCGGUCCGGACGGGCGGCUGUCCAGCAUCUGGCACGAGGGCAAGGGCCGGCUGAUGCAGGCGCUCAGUCAGCCGCCCUCGCCGCGCGCCUCCCCACCCCCCAGCGAGAACGGGGACGCGCACGAGCACAGCGGGUCAGUGUCGCCGCCGCCGGCGAAGGCGCGCCGCUACGAGACGCUGUGGGAGCCGCACGCAGGUAACUGGAUGCAUCGAGCGCUGACGGUGUUGGGGAGUCGGAAGAGGCAGCGCAGCGCCAGCUGACUGACGACGGCUCCGACAGCGACGACGACGACUUCCAAGACACCAGCCCAUAUCUAUAGGAGGAGCCGCCAGACGUCGCGCGCCUCGCCAUAUGAUGCGCCGCCGUCGCCCAGCUCCUAGUGCUCAGUGCUGGCUCAGCCUGCCUCGCGUGGACUUUGUAAAGUUGCAACACCUUUGUCACACAAAUUCUUGGUCAUCAAAAACUCAGAAAGUGUCCUCGGCUUGCAACAUAUCUAAUUACACAUGAUUGUGUAGUUUUAGUAGAUUUAAUAUAUUACCGCUUACUCCGUCUGGGGUUACGGCCGUUUAGACAUCGUCGACUUAUCGAGGCUUAGUGUAGCCAAUAGUAUUUUUUUACUAUUGUAAAUCGUCCAUUGUCAACGACAAUGCUAAUGGAUAGGAGUGCAUUUCGUUUAAAAAUACCCUUUGUGUUAAAUUAUUUUAGUGUACGGCUUCAAAUUCGCGUGUCGUCCGUCUGCAAGACUCGAGUGAAUGUAUUUUAUCCUAUUAGGUUUUAAAAAUGUAUUUACUUUAUUUAUGAUGAUUUUUAAAUGUAAAUCUUAUCUCAUUAUUAUGAUUGUGCGUGCGUUUUGUGGGUGCAGAGUAUGUAGCGAGCGGUUGCGGGCCGCAAGACCCGCGCCCUCGCUUCCUGUCAUGCGCUCACAACACCUUGUUUGUAUUCUACUUUUUGACAGUUGAUUAAAGAGGUGCUUAUUUUA